AAUCAGCGGCCUUAUCUAACCUCACAAUCAGAAUUAUUUAAACAAAAUAAAUUUGUGUUAUUUUUGCGAUAAUAUUCAACAAAAAUCUUUAAAAUAAGUUGAAAAAUAGCACCAAAACCAACAACCCAUCUUCACACGGAGGGAAUCACUACGGAAUGAAUCAGAAUUGAUAAAAUUACUUUUUUUGUUUGUAUACAAACCUAACCUGUUUUCAUAGUGCCCUUGGUGAUCAGAAAAAUGGUCCUUUGGCGCUUAUUUUGAAUAAAAUAUUUGAACAAAUAUGUAAAAAUGGAUAGUCCAAGUUUUGUGGAAUAUGUGAAGCUAAAUAACUUGUGUAAAAAGAUAUUAGAGCAACAUACGGAUGUGAAAUUGCUGGAAGAAUUGAAGAUAACUAUACAGGGUGCCGAAAAGAGUUUUAUAAAAGCUGUAGAGAAGCAUCUAGUAGCAUGUUUUUAUCCUUACAUGAAAGCUGUAUCUACAGACAAGGGAAGUUUUAAUAGCCGAGACAAGCAACUGUUGGUAGAAGCGUUAGAAGAACUGUUAAAAAAAUUGAUUAUAGAAAAUGUCACUGUAUUUUUCAACUUUUAUUCAUUUCUACUUUUUGAAUUAUAUGAUUAUACCAAACAUAAAGUUUAUCCUGUGACAGAGGAAUAUAAACUGGAAAUUUUAAAAUGUAUGAUUUGUUUGAUAGAGAGUGUUUCAGAACAGAUCAUUGACCAAUUAUACGUCAAGGAAAAUAUACCAAAAUUUUCACAGAUUAUUUAUGUUUGUGGAGAGGUAGCUAAAAAAGAAAAAUCUAGAGACUUGAGAUGUACAGCAAUCAAAUGUAUUACAACUCUGGCUAAAGUAUCAGAUACAGAUGACUUAUAUGACACGGUGUUAAGAGACAGAGUCUCCCAGAUUUUUAUGUUUUUCUUGCCAGGAAUAUGUAGUACUUUUACUGAAAUCGGAUUGGAGAAUAGUGUUCAAAUUGGUCACAGAGUUUUAAGAGAAAUGAUUAUCGCAUAUGGUCGAAUAAUAUCAGUUGUAAUGCAGGACUAUAAUCCUCUAGAUAGAACAGCAACAUUGAACGAAUUGUUGGCUAUAAACAAUAAAGAUUCAAAUAGAGCACAUUCAAAAUUUAAAGAUAAAAAAGAAAUAGACCAAUAUUUGAAUGUUACACAAAGAAAUUUGAAAUGGUAUAAAAUGACUGAUGACAAGCUAAAUAUAUCUUUAAAAAAAUUAGCUCAUUUAACUAGUUAUGACCAUUUAAAAGUUAAGCAUGCACUGAUUGAUAUGGUUUUAGAAAUUUCUUCUAAGUGUUUUAGUACAAUGCCAGAAUCUGUUUCGACUUUGAUGGAAUAUUUGAUAAUUUUGUCUCAAGAUUCAGAUCCUUCAGUUAGCGAGAAAAGUAACAAAAUUAUUUUGGAAAAUUCAUCAAAAUUGUCCUCUGGUGAUUUAAAACUGGUUUUUGAGAAUUUGGAAGAAGGAUUUUUUAAUGCUAUUAAUAGUUUACCCAGAAAAUUUAAUAGUAUAGAUGAUGCCGAAAAAUCUUUAGCCAUGAAUUUGCUGAUAGGAUACGUCAAAUUAUUUGGCAGUCACAAUUUAAGUCACGUUCUUCUCUCACCCGCCACAUUACAAAAACUAACUGAAGGCUUACUGUACAUAUCUCAGUUGGACAAAGUCAAAAUGAAGUUACUCGAAGAGUAUGGUUUUAAGGAUUUGAAUGCCGAGCCUGAUCUAAGCACUCCUUGGCUGAGUUUUCGGUAUUUUAGUGAUGAGGGAGUCAAGUCGAAAAUCGAAACGUUCUGUCGGCAUUUAGCCCGCAGCGACGCUUUCGAAAUAAUCUUCGAUUCUUUAUAUGACACAUUUAUGUAUGACCAUAAUAGAGACAAAGAAGCAGUGUUCUUGAUAAACUGUCUUAUUUUAGGUUUUGAAGAUCCAUCCCCCAAACAAAUAGAAUUAUUAAAUUCAAUUUUAAAUCUGUAUAUGGAAUCAACGUCUAACGAUUUACGCGAAUUUUUAAAUCCUGAAGAAUUCAGCGUAGAUGAAGUAAGAAAGAACGUGAUGUUAAUUUGUUUGUUAACUGAGGGUAUCGGAAAAAUCAGUUUGGCCAUGAAAAAAGAAUUCAAAAUUUACUUAAUCAACAGUUUGUAUUAUGUUUUAGAAAAAGCAGGAAAUGGUAAUUAUUUGAUAAGUGCAGCAGGAUUAAUGGCGCUGAACAAUAUAGCUUAUGCUUGUGAAUAUAAAAAUAUCCCCGACUUGAUACAAGACAACUUCAGAUAUUUCUCAUUUCAAGUUAAGAUGAGAUUAAAGAGACAAAACGACAAAACAGAUGUUUUGAAUGUGCUUUCUGUCGUUUUUAGAUACUGUGAUAAGGAUGUUCUAGUAUAUAUGAGCGGCAUUGUGGAAGAAGUUCUUCUACAAACCAGUAAUAAAUUCAAGGAGCAGUACGCCCCUGACUAUUUGAGGGUGUUUAAGAUGUUCAUGCUGACUCUACGCCGCUGGUUUGAGGUGGACGACGUAACAGAACCAAUAAAAUCAAAGAAACAAAAAGAGUUGGAAUACGAAGAUUUUAAAGUUAGCGGUAUAAACUAUAAGGAGGAUGAUUUUUCUGAUGAUAUCAUGGAGGGUAAAACGGCUGAAGAGAUGUAUUGGGAAGAUGUGGAAAGGAAGAAGCAGGAAGAAGAAGAAGACGAAGAAAACAGCGAUACAGGCUAUAAAAAACCUGAACCACCUAUCCAUAUCAAACUCACGACCUCGAUAUUAAAACGAUCGUUACACUUUCUGCCUUCCAAAAACCAAGAAUCCCGAAUCUUAGUUUUGGAAAUACUUAAUAAUGGCGUUGAAAUCCUGAAAGAUUGGGAGGAUGAGCUACUACCUAUAGUGCAUCAAAUAUGGUCACCUUUAGUUCCUAGAUUUAAUGAUAAAGAACCAUUGAUAGUUAGGUUAAGUGUUAAACUGUUGGCAACACUGGCUGUGCUUUCUAAGGAUUUUAUUCGAAUGAGAACGACCAAAGAACUUUUACCUAAAAUUAAAGAAACUUUGAAGAAAUUAGCCCCGGAAAGCUUCCUGAAGGAUAAAGGGUCAGCUUACCGAUACACACAAAAUUAUAAGCUUCAAAUAGAGCUUUUGCACAAUAUCGGGCCCAUUUUAGCUCACUUGGAUGUCGAUAAUAAAAUAAUUGAAGAAAUAAUGAACAUAGUACUGUUGUAUUUGUCCAAAAAGCAGCCCAGAGACUUACAAGCUGAAGCGUUGGGCUUUUUCCAAUCUAUGGUGGACUAUGACAUGGGGAUAGUCAAGGAAAAACUGCUUUCUUGGAAGGAUAAAAUCACAGAAGAAAAUGAAGUAAACGUUGAAAAAAUUUGGGUAAUAUUAGGUGUGAAAGAAAAAGAAUCCGAAAUAAAAUAAUACUUAAUUUAAUUUGUUUCUAAUUACAAAAACAUUGCACACAAAUGGAUUGUUAACAUUAGUUAUUUAUAGAAAUGUAUGUAUAUUUUUUAUAUGUUUACACUUAUCAAAAAAUAACAACGAGGAGUUGGACUCCAAAUUCAUAAAAUUAUUAAUUGUUUCUACUUAAGACUAUUAUUCAGCACAACCUAUCUUCAAAGUCUUACACUAUUUCUUAUACUUCAAUAUAAAAUGAAAAUACAAAAACAAUAUUUUAUCAAUAAAACAUCUUUUUUGAAAUAUUUAUUAAUAUUUCAAAAGUUUAGAUAGAUAGUGCUGACCCAUUUAAAAAAAAAUAAAAUCAAAUACAGUCUUGUUAUUAAAAAGUAUUUCCUAGAAGUUUAAACUUAAAAUCGAAAUGACAAAUAUUUACAAGAUCUAUAUACAAAAUUAAGGAGAUAAAACAGAAUGAACAAAAUCAACUGUCAUUCACUGUCAAAAUAGUGUCAUAAUAAAACCAUCAAAA